AUGAUCAAAACAAUCAACGAAUUUGGGCCACAGCUGGGGUGGUCAGAAUCGCAGACAACCGGUUUCCUUGAGAAAGUCGGGCCCAAUGUCCAACCUCGCCAAGACGAUGCAGAGACAUUUGCCGAGGCAGUUAUUUGUUUCCUAGCUGGCGUCGAAGCCCCCGUGCCCGAUGUUCCAGUACCUACUCCUGGCCCAGGAGAGCUGCUCAUUCGCGUGGCUGCAGCUGGAUUCUGCCACACCGACUACCAGGUCUACAAAGGCGCAUAUGGAACACAAUUACCCUUCACCGGCUCGCACGAGCCCGCGGGUACUAUUGUGCAGCUUGGACCUAACAUUCUAGGUGACUGGAGGGUUAAUGACCGAGUUGGGGUGCUCAACUUUAGAAACCCUUGCAACGUCUGCAAUGGGUGUCGAUGGCGAAUGAAGACCUAUGGCUCCUUAGAUGUCCGUUACUGCGAGAAAAAGACUAUGAAUGGCAUUCUAAGAGCCGACGGUGGGUUUGCUGAGUAUAUGAUCGCCUCGGACAAUGCCCUCGUGCACUUGCCAGAUGACUUGUCAUUUGAACAGGCAGCACCAUUGAUGUGCGCCGGCGCCACCGCAUGGAAUGCUAUUAAGGAGACUGGACUGGAGAAGGGAAAGUCGAUAGCAAUUGUUGGAAUCGGAGGCCUUGGCGUGCUGGCCAUUCAGUUUGCCAAAGCCCGAGGCCUGCGGGUCGUUGCCAUCGACAACCGCGAUAUCGGUCUAAAGCUUGCAUGUGAUGUACCUGCACAUCUUACCCCCGACCUUGUCGUCAACAUCAACAGCCGUAGUGCCAUCAAAGAGAUUGAUGCGUUUACCGACAGCAUUGGGUUGCAGGGUACUGUGGUCUGCACUGAUGAUGUGGCAGCCAGUGACUGGUCCCUACACCGCCUUCAGCCCCAGGGUGCUUGCGUUGUCCUUGGUUUACCAGAGUCUGGAUUCCAGUUCGAUGCGUUCAACCUGGUCUUCCGAGAAAUAAUUGUCAAAGGAUCGUUGCAUUGUUCUGUCAACGAAGUCAAGAAUAUGAUUAAGGCUGUUUCCGAGAAUGGAAUUGUCAGCCAUCUUACCCUGCUGCCCUUAGAGGGAGGAGAGGACAUCCCUGAGCGAGCAGCUGCUCAUUCAUUCACUGGUCGACUGGUUAUUCAAGUGUAA